AUGUCCAACAAUGAGUUGGAAAAAAACAGAUAUAGAAAGUUGGCUGGAACAAAGGGCGAGGUUUAUGAAAAGCCACUUAACAAAGUUGGUCUAAUGAACAUUGUCAAUCGGAUUAAACCGCAGUUUAACAAAUACGUCAUAGACGAGUAUGUUAAAUCCAAAAAUAUGGUCGUAUUACGUUUGCCGCCGUAUCAUUGUGAACUGAAUCCAAUUGAGCUGGCAUGGUCGUCUGUCUAA